AUGUCGCUGGUAUCAGGAGCAUUUGAAUUGCACUCUACCACUCCGGACAUUUCGAUGACUACAGCCAUGCCUGGAGGUCACGAACCGCUUGCGUUGGAGUCAUCUGCCACGGCUGGCACUUCUGACCCGAGUCUCAGGACGGGUAGACCACCCCUGUCGAGAUCGUUGUUGCAAGGCUCACAAGCAGUAACAACAGAGCUACUCUCCCUGCUUCCUCCUCGGGAUACUGCAGCAUUGCUGGUUGACACUUACUUUGACCGAGUGCAUUGGUUUAUGCUCAUCUUCCACCAGGAGGAUUUCAGGCAGAAAUGGCAGACAUUAUACGACAAAUCGACAGAGGAUUUACUGGGGAUAGGUCCUGACGUCGCCAUGAUCAGUACCUUCCUGCUGGUCAUCGCAAUCGCUCUGCAGUAUGCUGGACCAUACAGACAGCAGCUACUGAAAGCGCAAAACGUGGAUUUGACCCUUUUGAAAGAGAACAUUCUCACAUCAAUACGGUCUAGACUACUCGAUAUUGUCUCCAUCGGGUCAAUAGAGGCUGUGCAAACUUGUGUUUUACUGGGCACAUACUAUCUCUACAACGGAAUUCCAAAUCUGGCAUGGCCAGUGUGUGGUUGUGGACUACGGGUCGCCCAGGCGCUCAGUUUGCACAGAAAAGUACCGGUUUCUGAGCCUAUCUCUGCUCAGGCAAGACAGAAAAUCGAAACGCGUAAGCGCUGCUGGUGGGCUAUUUAUGAGAUUGAGACCUUUUGCUCUAUCUCGUACGGAUAUCCCCACGGGAUCGUCGAUGCAGAUUGCAAUGUGGAGCCACUAGAUCCUUUGCCCGUGCCUCUCAGUCCACCAGGCACCAGUAAUAAUGGUGAACGUCAGUGUCCAGAUACCUUGUUAUCUUACAAAUACUUGAUGUCAAAGUUGUCGGUCUUUCUGAAGAACACUUUGAUCGAUUUGUAUGGCAUUGGAUCUCGUCCAACCGGCAAUCGAAAAGAUCAAACCCUCUCAUUCGACUUGAGAGAAAUCCUUCGGAAAAUUCCUUCGCUCGACAAAAGACUGCAGCAGUGGAAAGCCGAGUUACCUGAUUCUCUACGCCUAGACCAGAGCAACUCCAAAAGAUAUCUCUCCAUAGACGACAUGGACCGUCAAAUCGGCGCCUCGGGUCCUAAUUUCGACAGCCACAUUUUUCAGCUUCAAGCGCUGGCUCUUGCGCUGGCUUAUGAGAACGCCAGAAUACUCGUCCACCGCCCUCUUCUUACAUACCACACGAAAGUUCAUGCCGAGACAAGGAAUGACUUGGCGGGCGCAUUGGGGAAUGCAACUCGUUUCUCUGUGCAAGUCUGUCGGGAAGCUGCGAUGAACACAAUCAAAAUCGGCGAAUCUCCCAUAUUCGACCUUGCCGCUGACACAUAUGCCGCCGCAUUUAUUAGCAUCCAUACCUUCACUGCUGGUGUGCUACUUUGUGUCUUGACUAGCAUUGAGCCCCUGACGCCAGAGUCACAUCAAUUCAAAGUCGGACUGCGUCGCUUGCUGAACAUGCAAGCCCACUUAAAAUCCAAAUCCCAAUCUCCCCUUUCCGCUCAAGGGCUCGAGAUCCUGCAGCAGCUGGCUCGAUUGGUUAUGGAAAAUGAACUCAGAGCGAUUCUAGGCCCUGGAAGCGAAUCGAAUCUGCAGCUUGGUGGUACUAUGCACCAUACGAGCGAAAACCCACUGAACUUGAAUGAAAGCCAAGGUUCAAACUUGGCUGACAAUGCAGAUCUGGAGAUUGGAGCAGGCGACUCGACAUUCGCCGAUGAAACCAGCAUCCAACAAGCGCUGGAUGACCUCAACCAAGAUUCAUUAGGCGAUGCAUUCGAUAUGCCCUUGGAGCCGUUCUUCGCCGAUUUCAACGUUCCCAGCACUGGUUUUACGCAAGAGCAGGCAUGGAUUUGGGGUCUUGAAGAUCCUGUACAAUUUUAA